GUCUGAAAUAACAGAAGCAACCAUCCCGCGGCAAAAACUUACUACCGAGCAGACGUUAGAAACGAUCUGGGUGAUGGUGUGAGCUUUCUGCUGUCAUGAGCGCUCUGUUUGCCUGUGAGGAGCCAGCCGCAUGGAGGAAGGUGUAUGAGAAAUACUGGGAUGUAGUGGAGGCCAAGGCCAAAGUCAAGAAACCUGGGAAGCUGCUGGACCUUGAGCGGUGGUACCAACAGGAGCUGCCCUCACUGAUUUCAAGUCGGCCUGACAAACAUGUCUCUCUAUCAGAGCUAAAGAAACUGAUGGAGUGGAAGCUCACUAGAGGGAAGUUCAGGCCGAGGCUGCAGCAGCUGGUGGCUUCCAACAGCGAGGACGAGGUGGAGAAAUGUUCCAGAAAGGCCUUCAGCCUUCUGCCUGACGUGCAGGCCGCCAUUGCAGAGCUCAGCUCCCUGAAAGGAGUCGGCCCAGCCACUGCUUCAGCUGUGUUAGCAGCGGGAGCUCCAGAACAGGCUGCGUUCAUGUCUGAUGAAGCCAUGGAGAGUGUACCGGGACUGAAGCCCAUCCAGUACACCGCCAAGCACUACACCGUGUACCUGGAAAAGAUGACUGAGAGGACCGAAAAACUAAACAGAGUGGAUCCGCUGCAGGACUGGACGCCCCACAGGCUGGAGCUGUGUUUGUGGGUGAUGAGCAUAGCCACACAGCUGCAGCUCCAACUUCUAAAGGACAUCGAUGUGAGGGGGAGCGCAGUGGGGAAGAAGUGCUCCGACAGUGAAGCUGACCAGAGACCAACAAAGAAACUCAAAUCUGCAUAAAACCGAACAUUUUACAUGAAUGCCGAUUUAAAAUUUGUAGUUUUUUCCUUUUCCCAAAAUAAUAAUAAAACCUUUUUGUGGUGAAGUGUU